AUGAUGAACAAACCCUUCAACUUGCCUUCACAACAGUUGAGAAAUUUGUUGUUUGCGCUUUAUUUCUAUUGGAAUUCCAGUUUGGUGCAAUCGACAAUUAUUCCGCAUGAAUUUGAUGAGUUGUCGCAUAAUGAGGAAUCGUCAUCAUCAGAUAAUUUAAUUCCAUUUCAAGAUGAAUGUGUCGCUCACGUCACUCAAACAUCUAUUGACGAGAGCAUUCGAUUAGAGCUGAUGUGUGCAGUUAACGGUCGUUCAUAUCUCAUUCCUUCUGUUGAUGCAAGUUGGAUAAUUGAAAAGACAAUAUCAGGAGACCUUAUUAGUGAUAAAACCAUGAUAUCAUUGCCAAACGAUGCAUUGCUGAACCAACAGACACAUGAGAUUCACAUGACAGAACUUCCAAACCUUUGGAAUACUAAUGAGGCGGAUGAAAGAUCACCAGAACACGAGCAUCGGAGAUUGAACACACCAACAGAUAGCAUGGCGCCAAGUGUGAUUCCAAGCCGCGCACCAAGUACAAUACCAAGUUCGAUUCCGAGUCGAUCACCAAGUAAGACUCCGAGCGUAAUACCCAGUGUGAUUCCAAGUCAAACACCGAGCAACAAUCCCAGUGCCAUACCGAGUAAUAUACCGAGUUCGCUUCCAAGUCUUAUGCCCAGUACAGCACCGAGUUUGACACCGAGUACGCUUCCAAGUCUCGCACCAAGUAAAAUACCGAGUAUUGUGCCGAGUAUAUAUCCAAGUGUUGCACCAAGUAGACCACCGAGUUUCAUGCCAAGUGGGGUUCCAAGUCGAGCACCUAGUUCAUCGCCCAGUAAAAUCCCAAGUCUCUCGCCAAGCAAGGUCCCAAGUAGAAAUCCAAGCAUUGUCCCAAGCCAGACUCCGAGUCUUUUACCCAGCAAGGCUCCAAGUACGAGUCCAAGCAUUCAACCCAGCACAAUUCCGAGUCUUAUACCCAGCAAGGCUCCGAGUACGAAUCCAAGUGUCGCGCCAAGCACAAUUCCGAGUCUUGUACCAAGUAUAAUUCCGAGUAUGAAUCCAAGUGUCGCACCAAGUAAAGCUCCUAGCCUCUCACCAAGCAAUGUGCCGAGUCUUUCACCCAGCAAAGCUCCAAGUAUGAGUCCAAGCAUUGGUCCAAGUCAAACUCCAAGUCUUUCACCAAGUAGGACUCCGAGUUGGAUUCCUAGCAUUGCACCGAGCCAAAUUCCAAGUAUUUCACCCAGCAAUGUGCCGAGCCUUGCUCCAAGUGUUGCUCCAAGCCAGAUUCCGAGUCUCGCUCCAAGCACACUCCCCAGUUUGUCACCCAGCAUCGCUCGAAGCGAAUCUCCGAGUUUAUCGCCCAGCAAAACACCGAGCCAGACUCCGAGUGCCGAGCCCAGUGGGAUUCCCAGCCUCUCACCAAGCAAGGCUCCAAGUCAGGUCCCAAGCAAAAGUUUGGAGCCGUCAUCCAAUCCUAGCGGAAGUUCCAAGCCAUCUCUCAGUAUGGCUCCGUCGUUACAACCAUCUGCAGUUCCAUCUCUCCCCCCUUCAAUUCAACCAAGUUCCUUGCCAUCGAUAAAGCCAUCCAUAAAGCCUUCUUCGACACCGUCAAUCCAACCAAGCAACCAACCUUCUCUGAAGCCAUCGAUUGGUCCAUCUUCGAUACCUUCCCGACAGCCAAGCGCCUCGCCAUCCGAAUCUUUUAAUCCGAGUGCAAUGCCAUCAGGUUCGAUGGUGCCCAGUGACCAGCCAUCAGCAUCACUGGUGCCAAGCAUAGCGCCAUCGAAAUUCCCGAGCACAGCGCCGUCUUCCGAUCCUUCAUUAAAACCAUCCAUAAUGCCUUCUUCGGUACCAUCGAAGCAACCUACAUCACCCCCAUCCGUAUCCCCCUCGAUGUCACUUGCUCCUUCCAAUUUCAGAAUCACUGCAGCUCCUACCGGUGCCAUUUCAAUCAAUCGGGCUGCGACCGUUUUGGUGGAGGUCGGAAUCGAUGGUCUUGACUCAUUGGAUGUCAUUUGCAAGGGAUUUGAAAGUUUCAUUGACCAAGGAAUUCAAGAUGAAUUCGGGACAGGGGCUUCCACACAGGUUUCGUGUGCACGAGGACGUGGGCGACGUCACCUCCAAGACAAUUCUACCGGUACUUCUGAUUCGGAUGGCGACGAGAGACCAGAUAUGGUGACGAAUCAGCUGGAUUACGAGAAGCCAGUGUUGAUUACGGUGACAACAACCUUUCCCAACUACAAAAGAGCCCCACGUCAAGUCGGCUUUUUGGACUUUUUGGAAGAGCUGCUUGUAUCCGAUCGUGCAAUUAGCGAACUUCCUUCGUAUAUUCAAAAUGCACUUCCCUUGAACACCGAUGUUGGAGGAAUCCACGUAACUUUGAUGCGAGCAAGACAAAAAGCUGUAUUGGUCGUGGCAUUCGGAGAGGAUGCUCCAACUGCUAGUCCAACAGUUUUCAACGGGACAGAAAGCAACAACACACUAGCACCAAUAUCUCCUUCUACGGCAAAUGCGGUACCGUAUGUUGUAUCACUGCUUAUUUCUGUAAUCCUUGGAGGCAUUAUAUUGAUGUAA